CACAGUGAAAGCCCUCGCUCACCUUCAAAUAGUUCACUUCUCAACGUGAACCAGUUAAACUGGUUUCAAAGCCCUGAACUAGUUCGAGUUGACUAGCAUGAACUGAACCUAAACGGCUUCAUCCACAACUUAGUUUGCACCAGACUAUGUACUGGUUGAAAUAACUGCACAGCCCCUAAAGCUGUGUUUGGCUGUGUCUCAUGGUGCACUCUUCACAACCCAUUCAAAAUGCAUCGGUUAAGCCCACAGACGGCAUCCAUGCUCAGCUGACUAUCUGACACACCAGAAAACACCAGCUGGAGCAUAGAUGGCACAUACGUCAGAAUGGCGUCACACCCUGCAGGAAAGAGCAGAGUGGUUACAUACUACCCUUAAGAAAAACACCUGAAACCUUUAAUUACAUGAGCUACAUAAAGAAUCUCAAUUUUAAAUGUUAUUUUGCAUCCAGAGCAAUUAUGGUAACGGACAAAUUUGUCAGAAGAGACAAAGUUGUCAGAAGAGAGACAGGUCUUGUUUGUCUAAUGCGUAACUAAAAUGCAAGCAUCACAUACGAAGAACAUAUCAUAGUUUGCUUCUUUACUCACCUGCAUGCCUGCACUGCAGUUUUGGAGCUGUGCUGGUGGUUGGCUGUGGUCAUGCUAUUCAUCCAACUGCAGCAAUCCUGGUCUGUGCCUCUGGAUCUCUCAUUCCCAGGGUGUCAGGUUGAGGAGCAGCAACAGAGGUCAGCCUCCACUGAGAUCACGUAUGCCAUGAUGAGCUGACCAAUAUCAUCACAGAAAGAUCAAACCAAACAAAUUGGGUGUCAAAAGUGCAAAAGUUCGUGUCAGUUUAACCCAUACCUUAGUGCAUACCAAGUUAAAAUCUUCAUAGUAUUGUAAGAGAACAGUUAAACAUUGACAUUUGAUUCCCCUUAUUUUUACUAAGAAUAUUUGUCCUGUUUUGCGCAUUCAUCUUUACAUUCAUCUUAAAAUCAUAGUAAAUACGUUGGUGGGUUGUUUUUUGAUGUCUCAAUGCUCACUAUGACUCCUGUUGAAAAAGUUCUAUCACAGCCUCCCACAUCUCUUAUCCUACUGCCCCUCAGCUCUAAGGAAUACUUUUUUUUCCUGGCUACUUUGCAUCACAUAUGAAUAAUAAUAAUAACUCUGACAAAUAUUACAAGCUAUCCCAUAGCUGCUUGUGUUAUUUAGUAGCCCUGUAGGAAGAGCUUUUCCUUUUUAAUAGCAUCAUUGAAAAGACAGUAAACCAGAAAAAAAUUUAACUUCUAUGAGUUUACAGUUUUACACAUAUUCUGUGUGCAACAACAGAAUAUAAACUUACAGUUUAUACCACGACAAAAUGAUACAGCAGAAAUUUAAUACAGGGUGGAAAACAGCAACAACUUAUCAACUGGAAGUUAGAUGUAAUAGAACAGUGACCCACAACAGCAUGGAGAACUUUGGAAGGAUGCAGAGAAAAAUGCUUUGACUGUGAAAACUCGGUGCGUGUUAGGUAAGCAGUCCUUCAUCACCAGUUGCACUGGGGAGCUGGGCAGCAGACUUGGGAUAGGCAGAGGCACUUACUGCUGCUGACUCAGUGCAAGUUCAUGCUGCGUUAAAGCACAGAUUAACUUUGCCAUUGUAACUUCACCAUUCCAUUCCUUCCAAAGACUUCUUUUUUUCAUUAAUUUUAUUUAUUGCCCCCCUGCCAGAAAUUCUUUGGAAGCUCGUAAUAAAUAUUUGCUUUGAGAGGAAAUGUAAAACACCCCAACCAAAUAAACAAACAAAAAAAAAAACCCAACAAACCCCACCCCACAGUUCAAGGCUAUAAGUGGUUUACUGCUUAAGAAGACUCACAUUUUCCUGCAAGCCCAAGCAGGCUGCUCCAUCUAGACCAUGACAAAUCCAGUUUGUUCAUCCACAUUGGCUGCAUUUCCUUUGGGAAACGCUUCAUACAUUCACAAAAACAGUCGACUCAUCCCAGCAACGUGAAGCACACACGCGUGUCUCCAGUCACACCAGGGAUUCUCACACGCUUGCGAAACGCCGGUAUUCGGUUACAUUUUGGCAGGUCCUUUUUAAUUAAAAGCUCCUCUUUGGUGAGUCCUUUUAAUUAAAAGUUCAUCUUUCAGGGACUCAGUACAAAACUGCCACACAUCAGGGAGAAAGUCUCAAUCAUUCUCCAAAUUUCACUUUUGCCCUUUCUUUUUCUUUUUUUUUUUCCCCUCCAAAUAAAGCACAUCAUUGACAACGUUUGUAAUUAGAAAGAGGAUAAAGUACCACAACCCUCAAACACCGCCCGUUCCCCCUCGCCCCAGCUAACAAGACUGAGCCGCAGGCAGGAUACCGAACGAUAACUCCAUCUACACCACGCAAGGACUCCCGGUUACUUUAUCCCGGCUUGAACCUGCGCAGGGGACAUCCCGGCAGCACAGGGGAGCGCCCUAAAGCCGGGAAGCCCCAGGCGCGGGGAAAACCCCCCCAGCCACCGGCUCCUCAGGCGAAGCGCGCUCGCCCCACCCGCUCCCGCCUCCCAGCACCGCGCCUGCGCAGUGGCCGCCCGCCGCCGCUGGGCUGUCUCAUCCGGGUCCUGGGCGCGGCCGUUGGGCUAUGGCGACGGUAGCGGAGCUCAAAGCAGUUUUAAAGGACACACUGGAAAAAAGAGGUGCUCUUGGACAAAUAAAAGCAAGGAUCAGAGCUGAAGUUUUUAAUGCACUGGAUGACCAGAGUGAACCACGUCCACCGCUGUCUCGUGAAAAUCUUUUAAUCAACGAACUAAUUCGUGAAUACCUGGAGUAUAACAAAUAUAAUUACGCAGCAUCUGUUUUAACUGCAGAGUCUGGCCAGCCUGAAGUGCCCUUGGAUAGACAGUUUCUUGCCAAAGAGCUGAACAUAGUUGAAGACACAAAUGGAAAAUCAGUACCUCUCUUGUAUGGAAUUCUCUCUCAUUUCUUACAUGAUGGCAAAGAAGAAAGUACUCAGAAUACCCUCCCCAGAGUGUCUUUGCUGAAUUAUCCAAAGCAGAACCUUGGCAAACCACCUACUGAGAGAACUCAAAAAGAUAGAAUUCCAGAACCAGGAAGGACGGCUGGCACAAGCAUCGAAGAGCCCGUUGUUAUACGAAAGGUUAACUGCUAGACCCCCGUUUUUCCAUAAACCAGUGGAUCAAAUUGAUACAUAUAUGAAUUGUCUUUUCAAGGGCAAGGAAAAAGGCUCUGGGUAACACAGAAGCUCUAACCUUCUAUGUUGUGCAAAUCCUCCAGUGUAACCCAAGCCAUUGCAUAUGCUUUCUGUCUUCCCACCACAGAUCAUACAGGAGCUGCCCAGGUGCCAUGGAGCUUCCUGGGAAAUAAUGGAUCUUUCAUGGUAGAAGUUAAAUACAAUUUUUGUUCUGGUUGGAGGCGGCAAAGGGCUGUUUGUUUGGUACUUGCCCUUUCCCAAACCUACAGCUCAGCAGACUCAUGGUCUCCACAGCCGUGACAGCAGAGGCUGUUACAAGGAUGUCCUUCACUGAGCUUUGACUAGAAGGAAUAGCUGAAAUCAGAGAAGAAAUCUAUUUAAGACCAAGGGAAUCUUGGGACUAUUUUCUUAGGGGAUGGUUGCUUCAGCCCCUUGUCAGGAUCCUGCGCUGAGAUGGUGGGUGGAAGCUGGACCAUUUGCUCUUGGUGCAACAUGUGCUUCAUCUAAUUCUCUAAUACCCUCACAGUCCAGAUUAGGACAAUUUCUUGUUUCAAAGUAUAGCCAUUGUACAAGCAAAUUACAAACAGAUUAAAGUGUAUUUCCCUGAUACUUAUUUGUACAACAAAGCUUUGAAAUAUUUCUAUUAAAACAUACUGGUUUAAUCACAUUAUUAAUGGUUUAUCCUGACAGUACAUGUAAUAUCAGAGCAUCUUUAAAGAUGCAGACGUAGCACAUCCUAUGAAUGUCUACUUGCUAACA